AUGGCCCCAGUUCAAUGCGCAAAGUGCAAGACGGAGCGAGCUCUCGUCAAGCGACCCAAGAACCACCAAAAGCUCUGCAAGGCCUGCUUCAUUUCGGUUUUCGAGGAGGAAGUCCACCAUACCAUUAUCUCCUCGUCCAUUUUUUCCCCGGGUGAGAAAGUGGCUAUUGGUGCGUCGGGUGGCAAAGAUUCGACCGUUUUAGCGAGCGUCCUCAAAGAUCUUAACGAGCGAUAUCACUAUGGCUUGGACCUUGUGUUGCUCAGCAUUGACGAGGGAAUCAAGGGCUAUCGGGACGACUCUUUGGAGACCGUCAAGAGAAAUGCCGUUCAGUACGAUAUGCCCCUGACGGUCGUUGGGUACGACGAGUUGUACGGUUGGACUAUGGAUCAGGUCGUCGAAACCAUCGGAAAGAAGGGAAACUGCACCUAUUGCGGUGUGUUUCGCCGACAAGCACUCGACCGUGGCGCGAAGAUGUUAGGCAUCAAGCACCUUGUCACCGGCCACAACGCAGAUGAUGUUGCCGAAACCAUCUUGAUGAACCUCCUGAGAGGUGAUUUGCCUCGCCUGGGCCGCAGCACAAGCAUCGUCACUGGAGAUGACACAUGUGAUGUCAAGCGUAGCAAGCCUCUCAAGUACUCCUACGAAAAAGAGAUUGUGCUAUACGCCCACCACAAGAAGCUCGAUUACUUCAGUACCGAAUGCAUAUACAGCCCAGAGGCAUUCAGAGGGACCGCACGUACCCUCAUCAAGAACCUUGAGAGGGUCCGGCCAAGUGCCAUUCUAGACAUCGUCCGCAGUGGCGAAGAUAUGGCUCGUCUUGUUGCAGGCAGGCAAGGCAGCACCGGACCCACUGCUGGCGCUGCUGAGGACGAGGAUUACACCACUGGCUGUGGCGCACAACAAAGCAAGGGUCCAGCGAGAGGGAUUGCUCAGUUGGAUGCAAACCUGAGCCAAGCAACUCUCGAGGAAAACCUCGAGACAGACUUUACUGUUACAGCAGCUGCGAAGAACAGGAAGCAAACCAAGAGUCGACAAGGGCCUAACCAGGCCUCGCUCGGUGUUCCUUUACAGACACUUGGCAAGUGCGAGAGGUGCGGUUACAUGUCUAGCCAGGCCAUAUGUCAAGCUUGCUUGUUGGUGGAUGGACUCAAUAAGAACAAGGCGCAGAUUCGGAUUUAG